UAGGAUUUACCCAAAAGCAGGAGGUUUGUAUUAAUAGCUUUUUUUCUCUUUCUUUAUUUAUUGUGUUCAUUACAAUGGGUGGCCAUUUUUCGACUUUGAAAAGAAAGAACAGUAUAAAUAACAAGCAUCUUAUAGACCAACAAGCAUUCUGGGACAAAGCCAUGAUUACAACAUUUCAGGAAGAUAUGGAUAGCUCAAGAACUGCCGUAAAUCAAAACGUCAUUGGCACCGAACGGGAGUUUCAUAACGAGGAAACCUCUACCUACUGGCUGCCCAAAGAUGAUGAAGAGCAAAAGAGAUUAGCAGGGCAACAUUUUGCAUUUAAGGAUCUAUACGAAGGGAAUGUUUUGCCUAGCGUGACAAAAGCUUUGGAUUUUCAAAAGGGUAUUACUAUUCUUGACGUAGGCUGUGGUUCUGGUGUAUGGGUUAUGGAUAUGAUCACGGAAUAUCCCAACUGCACUUACCAUGGUUGCGACAUUGUUGAUACGACAAACAAAAAGCUUCCUUUAAAGCAGUUCACUUAUGCCUAUGGAAAUGUGACAAAGAAGCUUCCAUAUGAAGAUAACACAUUUGACUUUGUCCAUAUGAGGUUCUUUGUUCUUGCUCUUAACGAAGAACAUGAAUGGCCAGCAGCCAUAAGCGAAGUGAUACGAAUUACUAAACCAGGAGGCAUGAUACAAGUGGCAGAUUGCGACCUUAAGCUACCAAAGGAUCACACUGCUGUGUUUUACAAGGUCAUGCAUGCCAUUCGCACUGUUUGUAUUUCAAGAGGACAGAAUCCAAAUAUAGGGGUUGUGUUGGAAAAGAUGCUCUCCAAGCACAACAAUGUCAAAAUCGUUCAAUCCGACUACAGAGCCUGUGAUAUGAGCUCCGGUACCUCUGCUGCAAAGAAAUUCAUUUGGGACUGUCUGGAAGGAGUGAAGAGUAUACAGCCUAUGGUUGGGCCCAUGCUAGGAAUAAAGACACAGGAAGACAUGGCUAACUUUUUGACAGAAUACAAGCAUAGCCUGGAAACGCAGCAGUGUCAUUUCUGUUUCAAUUCUGUUGCUGCUCAAAAGCUUCAAUUGUAACUUCAUAGUGUGUUCAAUAUAAAAAAAAUUAUUCCAAAGACAAAGUGUAGGGAGCUAUCGUUUUUCAUUGAUUGCUAAUCUGUAAAAGAGUUGAUUAUGAUGUAUAAUGAGGGAGCCAAGAGAAGUUGUCUGAAAGGACAGAUUAAAUGGUGCCGCAUUCGAUCCAGAAACGCAUGCUGGCUCCAGUUUUGAGGAAAGAAAGGUGCGCUAUUUGUAUACUCUUCUACAUGUCAAUUUGGAGGCUGCGAUAACAGUUCCUAGUGAUAGACAGUAAGCACUUUUACCAUUAUAUUGA